GUAAUCUUCUUUGUUGCUCCGCGGAGCUCGCGAUUUCAACUGUCGCACGAGUUCUGCUUCCGGACGCUCCCCCCUCCUCCAAAUCGGGUGGUGGCGAGAACGAAGAAGGCAUCUCCAUUGUUGUUCUAUGAUCAAUACCUCUUCGCUCCCUUGUUUGCUCUCGAGAGCAGACCUUUUCAUGGCGGAUUAGUCCUGUCGCUUGUCAUUUUCCUUCGGUUCGGUAUCGACCGGCCGCGGAGGGCGAGACGUGGGGUUGUCGCAUGGCAGCGGUGGAGGAAGCUGAUGCCGUCGCCGGCGGCGGCCGCGGCCGCGGGCGCCUCCAGAACUUCACUCUGUAUGCGGCUCGAUCGAUGUUUUUUGUAGUCGGAAGCGAUGAAAGCAGGAAACAGUGGAGAGUUCUGAAGAUUGAUAGGUCGCAACCUUCUGAGUUGAACAUCUAUGAGGAUCCCAUCACAUACUCGAAAAGUGACUGCAAAUGUUUGCUGGAGCAAUUAGAUCAUGAGAACAAUGUAACUGGUGGACUCAACAAGAUCACUGUGUGCUAUGGGAUUGUUGGGUUUGUCAAGUUCUUGGGCCCUUACUACAUGUUGCUCAUCACUGGGAGGAAGAAGAUUGGUGCCAUCUGUGGCCAUGCCAUCUAUGCUGUCACCAGAAGCCAAAUGAUUUCACUUUCAGAUUCUGCUCAAAGCUCCUACCUGCCCUUUGUUGGGGCUGAAUACAGGUUACUGUCGAUCCCUUCAUGGGAUUUCUAACGGAGAUAAGAAAUGAUCAGUCCCAAUCCAUUCAUAUCAUUUGUCUUAGAGACACCAAUCUUGUUUUGGUGAUCUAUGUGCAGAUACAAGAGGCUGUUACGUGCAGUGGAUCUGACAAAGGACUUCUUCUUCAGUUACUCCUACAACAUAAUGUGCAGUCUUCAGAAGAACAUGUGUGAUGGUGUGCCAGAGGAAGCUCUAUAUGAGACCAUGUUCGUCUGGAACGAGUUCUUGAGUUGCGGUAUCCGCAAUCAUCUCAAGAACACCGCGUGGACUGUUGCAUUGGUACAUGGAUCUUUCAAGCAGGUAAGGUCUGGAAAGCUUGGUUCGACUCUGCUCUCAAGACUUGAUCUUUUCAUGGCUUGUUCAGGGCAAACUUUCUCAUGCCGGCAAAGAUUUCACAUUCACUCUCAUUGCCCGACGAUCUCGACAUUUUGCUGGCACCAGGUUACCGGUAAAUCUUCUCUUGCACGGUGGAUCUUCCAUGAAGUGCUUGACAGUGCCUAUGCUGAUCACAGGUACCUGAGACGCGGUGUCGACGAGAAAGGAAGAGUGGCUAAUGAUGUUGAGACGGAACAAAUUGUAUUCUGCGAUCAACCCGAUGAGAUUUCCAGAGAAAUAACAUCUGUUGUGCAGAACAGAGGAUCCAUACCUCUGUUCUGGUCUCAGGGAACUCGAAGACUAGGAUUUAAGCCCGAUAUCAUCUGUAAGUUGCAGUGAGUAGUGCACUUCGGAGACCGAUCGUUAACGAGAUGUUCCUCCUUGUUUCAGUGGAGAAGAAGGACGAUAACUUCGAGGCGACACGGCUUCAUUUUGAGAACCUUGUGAACAGAUACGAGAACCCCAUCAUCGUCUUGAACAUGAUCAAGAAGCAAGAGAAGAAACCUCGAGAAUCAUUGCUCACCGAAAAGCUUGUAGAUGCAAUAAAUCAUAUAAACAAGGAUUUGCCGGAAUCGGAUCGGUUGAUAUACUUCCACUGGGACUUGCAAAGUAUCUGUCGAAGAAGAAGCACAGAAGCAUUGGCAUUGUUGUGCAAAGUGGCAGCAUGCGCAAUGGAUCUAACCGGCUUCUUUCACUGUCGACGAACGCCAACCAUGGAUGAUGCUCUCAACUGGCUCAGCCUUCUGAACGACGGCUCCGAACAGAGCUCUGAUAUCUCGCAGAGUGCGUCUUCUUCACGCAGAACCCAACAGGAUGGGAAUGGCUUGGCUACACCACAGAGGAGACAGAAAGGUGUCCUCAGAACAAAUUGCAUAGACUGCUUGGAUCGCACCAAUGCUGCUCAGAUUGCAUAUGGAUUGACUGCUCUUGGUCAUCAGCUGCAUGCACUGGGGAUUAAAGAUGUCCCAGAGGUUGAUCUAGAAGACCCAUUGGCUGAUGAUCUGAUGAACUUUUAUCGCGAAAUGGGAGACAGACUUGCUCUGCAAUAUGUUGGUUCUGCAGCUCAUGACAAGAUACCUUACAAGAACAAUGGCAGAUGGGUGCCAUUAACACUAUGGCCAGGGUUACAGAGGAAUCUUCAAAGAUAUUAUAGCCAUGCCUUCAUGGAUGCCAGGAAACAGGAGGCCAUCAACUUGUUCCUAGGGCACAUUGUACCCUGGCAGGAUAAACCAGAGCUUUGUGAAUUGGAUUCAGAUCAGCAUCAUGAUGUAGGGAGGUAA